UGACUCAGCUGUAUUAGUUUACAAAUACAUUUCCCAGAAUAAUAAUAAUAAAUUGGGGCUCUUUUAGUGGAGUUUCACUCCCAUUAGUGGGGCCCGAGUGUGUGUUUAAGUUAGUGGAUGCAGUAAAUAGUGCCCUCUUUAAUAAUUACGUAACAGGAUCGAAGGAUGCCCGGGUGGUAUUACGAGAAAAAGGAGCUGCGGGUCACCCCCUCGAUAGCGGAGGGGCUCGAUUAUAAGACUGAAAUGCGCUACAGGAAAGAAGGUGCCAGAUUCAUAAUUGAUACAGGAAUGAAAAUGGACCUGGGCUACAACACGACGGCCACAGGAGUCGUCUAUUUCCACAGGUUUUACAUGUUUCACUCGUUUCAACAGUUCCCCAGAUACGUAACAGCAUGUUGUUGCCUGUUCCUCGCCGGUAAAGUGGAGGAAACGCCAAAAAAGUGCAAAGACAUCAUCAAAAUCGCCCGCAACUUACUCACCGACCAAAAGUUCACCACUUUCGGCACCGACCCCAAAGAAGAGGUCAUGACCCUGGAGCGGAUCCUCUUGCAGACCAUCAAGUUCGAUCUGCAAGUGGAGCAUCCGUACCAGUACCUCCUCAAGUACGCCAAGUGCCUCAAGGGGGACAAGGCGAAGCUACAGAAGAUGGUGCAGAUGGCCUGGACCUUUGUCAACGACAGUCUGUGCACCACCCUGUGCCUACAGUGGGAACCGGAAAUAAUCGCGGUCGCGUUGGUUUAUUUGGCGGGCAAAUUGAGCAAAUUCGAGGUGGUCGACUGGGUGGGGCGUAACGCGAAACACCUCCGCUGGUGGGACAUGUUCGUCGAGGACAUCACCAUGGACCUCCUGGAGGACAUUUGCCACCAGGUGCUCGACUUGUACUCGCAACCGGCCCCAAAAUCACCGUCGGAGAGUCCCCCGAGGGCGGCGGCGGCGACCGCCCCCUCCACCUCGCCGCCCGCCCGCCCCGCCAACGGGAGCGCGGAAAAAACGGCCGCCCAGUCCGCCGGUGCAGAUCGACACGCGCCUGCCGCCGCCCCCCACGGGCGUCGGGGACGUAAUGCCGCCCUUUAACCGUAUCAGAGCUUCACUCACGCGCCGCCCCCCUUGGGGGCGUUUCCGUUCGCCGCGCCGCCGGUUAACACGCCGCCUCCGAAUCACAUGCACGCGCAGCCGCCCCCGAACGUGUUUCCGCCCUUCGUGGGGCCGCCGCCGUUUAAUCAAGUGCGCGUGCCGCCGCCGAACGGGCCUCCGCCGCCCCCGCCGCCUUUUUAUUCGAACGGGUUACCGCCCCCGCAUAGACCUUUCUUUCCUUCCACUUGAAUUGUUUAUUUCAAAUAAUAAUAAUAAAACACAAUGGUUUGUUAA